CCUCGUCUACUAUAAUCGAUGCUUAUUUCUGAUACACUUCCUUGUCUUUGUGUUAGUUAGUGGAAGAGUGUUCAUGUCUGUCGUUCUUGUCCCGUCUUAUUCCUACAGGUAGUUUACUCUCGUUGUACAUCUAUACGUCUACCUUUCUUCUCUAUAUCAUUCUCGUUCACUCUAUAUCUACAUUCUACCUAUACAUGGGUACUCCUUACUCCUUAUUCCUUACUAAAAGGUAAAAGCAACAACAGCAAUUCAAACGAAAUAAACAAUCCACAAUAAUAAAUCAACAAAAAUGCAUAACCCAAUCAAACAACAACCCCACUACAGCCCCUACACCAAACACCCUCACCACCACAACCACAACCACAACCAACACCAGCACACCAAAACCAACAACAAAACCACCCACUCCUCCAACAAAUCCACCUACAACAGAUGCUGGGACUGGCUCCUAACAGGCGGCAACACACACUACGCCCGCAACCGCGCAACAUUCACCACCUACCGGCGCGCGCCCUGCAAAAUCGCCCACAAGCGCGUCCUCGGCAUCGGCACCGUCGAGCUCACCGUCCAGCGCUCCCCCGACGAUCCACGCCCGCACAAGCUCACCCUCCACGACGUACUGCACAUGCCUAGCGCGCGGUGCAACGGGCUCAGCGUGGACAAGUACCGCGAGGAGCACCCCGGGGAGGAUCUGCGGGAGGUUAUGAUGGGUAGUGGUGGGGGACAGGAGAUGAUGCAGGCUGUGGGUGGGGGAGAGGAGGAGGCGCUGUGGUUUGCGGAUGAGUAUUGUGGGUGUUUGAGGGUUGUGGUUUGGGGGGAUCCUCAGGGAGAGAGCUUUCUGAGGGGUCCCGAGGAUGGGAGGCUUUAUGGGGUUUCGGUUAUUGCGGGGGAGAGGGAGAUGCAGGUUUUGAGGGAGAGGGUUGCUGUUAGGGGGUAUUAACUUUCUAUCUAUUGAUUUAUAUGGGAAUCAUUUGGUUGCUCAUUGUUGAAAACUUGGUUUGAGCGGUUGGUUGGUUUGGAUAGAGGUUAAUGAGGUGUUUAUUGGGUUCUUGGGGAUGAAUUAUAUAGCUACUAUCGUUGAGGAUAGCUUGAGUAUGAAAGUAUAUCCUAUCUAUGGAAAAGGC